AAAGUUUUAUGCAGGAGCACAAUUUACAAAAUUCGCAAGAAGUGUGGUUACAGAAUGUCCGAGAAAUAAUUGAUACACCCCAUAACGAUGUCAAAGACAAUACGCGAAUAUUUCCAAUAGAUAGAAUGGAUUAUAGGCUGCGUAUGAUUGAUUGUUUCCUUGCAAUUUGGCAAGCUGGUGAUAAUGAUGAAUUUAUCAUGACCAGUAAUGCUUUUAGAAUUUUUGAAGGUAUAAAUAUUGACAGACCCAUACAAAUGGGAGGUCUAAUUCAUAAAGCUUUCCAUUAUUUUUAUGUCAUUUCUCCAAAGCUAGCUCUGGUCCUUUGUGAUUCUGGAUUUAGAGAAGGUGUUGAAUUUAAACUCCUCAAACAUUGUAAAGUAAAUCCAGAUAAGGAACUUGAAAUUCAAGAUAAUGACAAAUUUACCGUUACCUUAGUUAAA